CAACAAAUAAUUCAACAACUCAAGUUGAAUUAUGGUUUAUUCUUGGAUGGACGUAGCAUAAGAUCAAGUAACGAAGCUAUUUUUGUUGAUGGCGAUUUAAAAAUAAAAUUUUUUAGAGGGGAGCCUAUUGUUUACACUAAUGUAAACGAUCCAAAGUCACUUACAAAUUUGCUCUCAUUCAACAACGAAAUCAACCUUUCACAUUUACAACAUUUCGACGUUUGUCUUAAUUUUCCAAUUGCUGAAUUCUCUUAUAAAGGUGAAUUGUUGAAAACGUUUUCAAAAUGUACAAAUGGUGACGACGAACAAGCAUAUGGACAUUUCUUUGCAAGGAAAGUUUUGGUUGGCGGUAAAUUAUUUAUCAAGAAUUUAAAUACGGCAAGUCCAAUACAAAUUGAUCUAGUACGGUCACUCUUAUCAUUGAUAUAUAACUCUGCUAAAUAUAAAUUAGAAAAUCCGUUAAACGAUGUAUCUGAAUGGGAUUAUUUUCCAGAGAUAGAAACUUCAAAUGGACUAGAGAUAAAAACUCUGAAAGAUUUGACAAUUUGGAUGCAUAACCUAUUUCAAAAGAAUAUGUUUGAUAUAGUUUCUUAUAAUGAUAUCGUUCCCGUUUCUCAACUAAGACAAUCAAUUGAUGUCUCGGAAACUUCCAAGGAAAUACAACCCGGAGUUUAUAAUUAUGAGAGCAAAUCAGGCUUUAAAGAGUGGGUCGGUGAUGCAGUGUACGUUAAUUUAACGAGAUGGGUUAAAGAUUUUCACCUACGUCAAGGUUUAAUAUUUAACAAGCACUUUGAAAUCGAUAUUAGCAAGGAAUUCGCCGUUAAUUUCAACAAGAUGCCUGAAAUUAAGCCGCUUGAUAAUUGUCAUAUGAAAAUGAUAAAACCGGCAACAAAUUUAGAAGAAUUUUUGAUAACAAAUAAUAUUUCCUCGGAUACAGAUAUGAAUUCCUCUCCAUUUAUUAACAAAUAUACUAAAGCUGAUAAUUUUAACAACAAAGAUUAUAUUCAUUUGGUAGUCAAGUAUGAACGAUAUGAAAUUAUUGUACCCAUGGCUUGCAUUAUUCCCUCAGAAAACCUUAAUCAAUAUAUAGAAAAGUCACUUAAUAGCAUGGAGCCAUUUAAAGCCUUACAAGAUACAUUUGACAAAUUUGGACAUUUAUUUCCACAAAGGAUUGUCUUGGGAAGAUCACUCAAGAAUAUUUUACCCGAUAUUUCUUUUAACAAUACUGAAAAUGUUGAUCUGGGAUCAUUAACAUUUGACAAUUUAAACUCACGUUUAAAUGUAAAUGUUUCAUACCUGUUAACGCAAGGUGGUGAUAUUAUCGAUACCGAUGGCGAAUUAUCUAGUUGGAUUCAAGAUAUCCAUACCAAACUUGAAAUUAUUGAACUUGAUCAAACAAUUUCCUUACACAAAAUUCUUUGCGCUGAGCGACAGAAAGAGAUAGAUAUUCUAUUAAAUAAGGAAAUUGACAAAAUUAUAAUGACCGGAGUUUCUGAUUUGAAAGAUUUAGACGGUAACAAUACCGAACACUACAAACGUAUAAAUAUAGAACCGAUAUUGAAUGAUAAAGAUUAUAAAGUAUUUGGAUCAAUAGUUUCAGGAGGCAAAAAGAUAGAUGAUUAUUUAGUAAAAUUUAAAUUCUAUGACGCCAAUGGAUUUUCCGCAAUGAUAAAAACUUCACGAAAAUCAAAGAUCGAUGUUAGAGAUUGUUUUAUUUUAUGGAUGAUAGUCGGGAAUCCUUUGAAAUUAUCGGUUUUUAGCCCAAAUAAUCGAGAAAUUCAAGUCGAACGCAUUAAAAAAUCCAUUAAUUAUCAACCAGACAAAUCUAUGUAUGAUGUUGAAACUCGUUUUCCUUUAUCUCAUGGAUGUAGUAUCCUCGUUAAUGCAUACCAUCCAUCAACAACUUUUGAUAUUAAGCUAUUAAAAUGGUCAAAGAAUUAUAUCACGUUUCAAAUAAAUGAAUCAAUGUAUAAUAAUAAUCAAAUUUUGAAAAGUUCAAAUUCAAAUAUAAUUUCCGAUAGUGACUCUGACUCUCAACAUGAGGAAGAUAACGACACAACCGUCGAUAUAGAUUUAGAUAUUUGUAUAUUACGUUCAGGUUACGGAAGUUUAAAGAUUGAUCAUGUGAAGAUAGAAUAUCCUUUAGAAUUAUUUGGACAUAGUUUACCACUUGAUGAUUCUAGGUCAAUUAAGGAUCGAAUGAUGAAAUGCAUAAACGAUAUAAUUGCACCUUUCAUACCUCUCGUAACUACUAUAACGAAUUUAACAAAAGACAUAGCGGAUGCAUAUGAGAAUGUUCAAUAUAACAAAAAAACUUGCGGGGCAUUAGUCACGAGAGUUGAGGCUGUAGAAGUUACAAUUAGAGGGUUGAUAAGACAAAGGGAGGAUAACUUGUAUAAGUUUUGUAAUCAGAAUUAUUAUAAUGCCUUUUCUAAAUUGACAAAUUGCCUAAAACAAAUUAAAGAAUUUUCUAGUGAUAUUUCCCAAUUAUCGAAAUUUAAAAAAUUUGUCUCAAGUGAGAACAUUAAAGAAACUUUUGAGAAGAUUAUAAAAGACUUUGAUAAUUAUUCGAUUCAUUUAAAUUUGGCUCGAUCUAUUACAAAUGAACAAUUGAUUUCAAUUUUAAGUUCUGAUAUUAUCGAAAUGAAGAAAUUUCUAGACAAUAUUGAAGGUGGUAUUACAUAUAUGAUGAAUCAUACCACCGUUUUACAUGUUCAAAAUAAUAAAAAGAUCGCCGUUAAAGUUAAUAAUAUUGAAGAACAGAAUGACAAAAUUAUUAAACAAAAUAACGAACUCCUAGAAUACAAGGCGGGCAAGGACAAACGUAAACUUAAUUUUACUCCGCUUAACGGGGAAAUUGAUAAUAUUCGUUAUCUGAAUGAACCCACCAAUAAAAGUUCAAAAUUUGAAACUGAAUCUAAUAUUAUUGGACAAAUUGAAGCUUCGAAAUUGAAGGAUGCUGCGGAACCCAAUAGACGCAAAGUGGAGAUUUUGCAUCAUGAUAUUAGGUGUGAGAACGUGUUAAUUACCGAAAAAAUGCAACCCAAACUAUGCAAUUUCAAAUUCUCUCGUGAAUUUAAUGCUACCACCAGUCCAAUUGAUGAUAUGAAAGAUAUUAUACAUUGGUUGGCUCCUGAAAAAUUAGAACAUAUAUCUCCGGAUAAAGAUUCGAAAGCGAAUAAAGCUUGUAGUUAUACCAUUCAAUGUGAUAUUUUCAGCUUUGUGAUGCUUCUUUGGGAACUUGGCUUUCAGAAAAAGCCAUAUGAAAACAUGAGCAUAUCUGAAAUACAAAAGCAUGUUCAAAAAGGUGAUCGAGAAACUAUAUCGUGUCUUGAUCCAAUUCAAACAGAGUAUUAUGAAAUUAUUCAACUUGGUUGGGUACAAGAACCAUCAUUACGUCCAGGAAUUCAACAAAUUUUCAAUAUGCUACAAAGAUUAUAUGAAAAACAUGUCUUAAAGAGUUCUGAUGAGGAUAUACCAAAUUUCUCAAUUUCGGAUCAUAAUUCUAUUAUACCAUUAACUCCAUUCACUCCAUUCAAAGAAGGUUUGAUGGGUUUUGAAAAGGAUCAGCAAAAGGGCAUUCAAUAUUUAAAAUUGGCUGCUUUCAAAGGACAAUCAAAAGCAAAAGAGAUUUUGAAACAAUAUGAUAGUUAA